AUUUUCCAAUCAAAGCAAUGAAAAACUGGAAAGAGGGCAGCAAGCAGGGCGAGCUGCGAAGCAUGCAUGUCAUCCCUGCUUGAAGCAUGCAAAAAAAGGCUAUUGACCGAUCCAUGUCGUCCAGGAGUGCAAGCAAACCAACAACACCGGCCCCGGAAACAGAUGCUUCCAAGCAACCGUUUCAUGCAAUUACUCGCAUGUCCACAAGAUGCAUGCGCAGCUAUGCAGAUAGCAUUAUAGCAAGCACACGUACGCCUAUAAAUCAUGUAUAAAUCUACAAAAGCCAAGAGCACCGAUCGAGGAGAAGCAUUGCAAUUUGCAACUGGUCACAGAACACAAGAAACAGCUAUCUAGCUAGCUAGAGCAACUAGAGCAACUAGGAGACGAAGGCAGCAAAGGCAUAGAUCGAUGGCGGCGCCGAGGAGCGUGAGCGUGGCGGACCGUGCGUUGCGCGGGUUGGCGGACCUGAUCAAGCUGCUCCCCAGCGGCACGGUGUUCCUGUUCCAGUUCCUGACCCCGCUCGUCACCAACAACGGCCACUGCGCGACCUUCAACAAGGUGCUCAGCGGCGCGCUCAUCGCGCUCUGCGGCGCGUUCUGCGCCUUCUCCUCCUUCACCGACAGCUACGUGGGCGCCGACGGCCGGGUCUACUACGGCGUCGUCACGCAGCGCGGCCUGCGCACGUUCUCCGCCGACCCGGACGAGGCCUCCAAGGACCUGUCGGCGUACCGCCUCCGCGCCGGCGACUUCGUCCACGCGGGGCUGUCGCUGCUGGUGUUCGCCACCAUCGCGCUCCUGGACACGGACACCGUGUCGUGCUUGUACCCAGCGCUGGAGGUGAGCGAGCGCACCAUGAUGGCCGUGCUGCCGCCGGUCGUCGGCGGCGUCGCGGGGUACGUGUUCAUGGUGUUCCCGAACAACCGGCACGGCAUCGGGUACCAGCCCACGCGCGCUGCCGAGGACUUGGAGCAUAAGUACUAGCCCGCAGACCGAGCUAGCUGCCGCUUGAUUUGGAUAAUGUUUGUUUGGUUGAACAAGUUGGAUGCUAUAAGAUUGUCUUGAAUGGAUAAGAUGAUUCUAAAUAAGAUAAUAUAAAUAGAUUAUUAUGUUAGAU